GGUUUGUCAUUAUGCCAGGUGUUACAACUCACAACUAAAAGUGGUCUGCGACUCUGCACAUGUGCAUGAGUGCAUGACUUCUUCACCUUGAACCAGUCAAUGCUGUCAUCAAAUAUCAAUCAGGGAUUCAGGGUCACAGGGUGCCUGACAGCCUGAGGCUGAGGGUGGUGGAAGAACAUUACCAUUAGGUCCAAGACCUAUGAGCUUAAAAAAACUACUUUACAAUGUCCUCAACAAAUUCUAAAUAUUAUGCAACUUUCAAAGCAUUUGAGCUCUUCAUUAUUAAGGUAAAAGAGGUUGGGUGCGUGGUUCAUGCCAGUCUGCAUUAUUCUUUCCCAGCGGAGGAGAAGAACCAAGGGAAUUUUGUGCAAUAUCUCAGUGACCUCAUCGAUGACUUGAAGGUUGAGCUGGAAUCCCUGCGUAAGAUUUGCACCUAUGAGAAUGGUGCUGUUAAUUCUGAAUCAAUUUCGGAUUUUAACACAAAAAAUGACUUGAAGUCAAGUGGGAUGAAUAUUUCUGAAGUAUUUUCAGAAUAUAGCUGUCAAAAAUCUAGACCUGCAGAACGCCAUGAAGUGAAUAAGUCUCAUGAUCCAAUAUCCAUCAAACAUGCUGAAGCUGCAGCCAAGUUUAUCUUGCAUCAUUCAACUACAACUGUCCCUACAUGUCAGAUAAAUUCUUUUCCUUCAUUACCACAAAAAUUUCCUUCUGUGUUAAUGGUUGAAAAGCUUUCCACUCCCACAAAAAAAUUAAAACUGGAUACAACUGUACAGAAUCUGGAAGUUCUUGCUUGUUCUUCAUCAACAUUUCCAACUAUGGUGCAACCCUCUUCAUUAUGUCCUCCCAUUUCUUGCAGUGCUGUUGCUUCCAAACAUGCAACUCCUGAAUCUUCAUCCCCAUCUCAUUCUCAAUCUAAUCUAAAUGUGUUGAUGCGAGCUCAAACAGAUGACAAUUGUCUGAAGCAUGCCUUGCCCUAUGCUCAGAAUAUUACCUCGGUUCCUACAUUAUCUCCCAUUAAUUUUUCUGCAUCCAUGAAGAAUCCUCAACCAGAUAUUGGGUUUUGUGGUUCUGGGGCAGGUGAUUUUACCAGAACAUCAACUUUGUCAAGAAAAGAAAAUAAUAGCCAAAAGUUUGCUCACUCUCAGCAACCUAUAUUUAUCAAUGGCAGGGCUCUUUCAGAGCCAAGGAUUAUUCCUGACAAAGCUAAUGUGCAAUCAAGUGAAAUAUCAACAGCAAACUGGAACAUGUCUGCUCAGACGGAUGUGUCAAGUUCAAAUGACAGCUCAUCUAGUGAAGUGUUGGAUAAUUUGGCUCAAAUGGCUGCUAAAACCAAGGCUUCUGUGUCUCAUUUGAAUAAUUGUAAUGAUGAUGGGAAUGCCAGAACUGAGAUUGAUCAAGCACAAGAAAAUGUAUUAUUGCACAAACUGGUACCUUAUGAAGAGCGAGUAAAAGAGUUAUGCAGACAAAAUUGGAAUGAAGGCAACGCAGAGGGAAAUGGCUCCACUUCUUCAACUAACCUCCCAUUCUUUGGGUGCAAGAUUUGCUACUGUGCAUUCAUGAACAUUGAACGUUUUUCAAAGCACACUUGCAAGUCACUUGAGGACAAUGAGAAAUCUUGCUCUAAGAAUCUUAUUUGGGAUCGAAGUAAGUUGGAGCAGCUGAAGAAGUUCAUAUGUGGCACGUGUGGCGUGGAGUUUAGGUCUGUGCGUCGGAUGACCUACCACUUGUCCAAGUGCAGUCCUGGCCCCUAUUGCUGUGGCGUGUGCGCCUCAUACUUCCUCCAGAGGCCUGCUUUGUUCCUGCACAUGAAGACCCAGCACAGAAGUGCAAGCUGCCACGUGUGUGAGGAGUGUGGCAAAAAAUUUGUCCGGCGUUCAUCUCUUGAGAAACAUGUGGUCCAGCAACACGAAGAUGUGGAAGCAACUGGUCCUUACAGGUGUGAUGUGUGCCCAAAGAAAUUCAUCCGCCGCAUCUACUUGACCAACCACAAGAUCAGGAUACACCAGCUGGCCAAGCCCUUCUCCUGCGAGGAGUGUGGGCGCGGGCUGCUGUCAGCGGCAUUGCUGGAAACACACAAGCGCUGCGUGCACGCCUCUGCUAGCAAACGCCACGUGUGCUGUCACUGCCACAAAACUUUCACUAGGAAGGAGAAGCUAAUACUGCAUGAGCGUAGACACACAGGUGAACGUCCGUACCGCUGUGAGAUUUGCAAUGGCAGCUUCGUGAGCAAAAGCAAACUGCAGGAGCACAGAGCCCGUCAACACCAGCCGCUCCACUCCCGACGCCGGCACCGAUGUGGUCGCUGCGACAAGUCCUACGUUAAUGCCGCUGACCUCAGGAAGCAUGGCAGCCGAGUCCACGGCCACCAUGCAGAGACCAGCCUCGCUGCAGAGACCAGCCUCGCUGCAGAACACAGCCUCACUGCAGAGACCAGCCUCACUGCAGAACACAGCCUCACUGCAGAGACCAGCCUCGCUGCAGAGACUACCCUCACUGCAGACCACUGCCUCACUGCAGACCACCGCCUCACUGCAGACCACCGCCUCACUGCAGACCACCGCCUCACUGAAGACCACCGCCUCCCUGCAGACCACCGCCUCCCUGCAGACCACCGCCUCCCUGCAGACCACCGCCUCACUGCAGACCACCGCCUCCCUGCAGACCACCGCCUCCCUGCAGACCACCGCCUCCCUGCAGACCACCGCCUCCCUGCAGACCACCGCCUCACUGCAGACCACAGCUCGUAGUAAAUGGGUCUGAUUUACCUACUUCAUGUCGCUGGCCACCGCGUCAUAAUUGAGUUAAUAAAAUAGCAAUAAAAUAUAAUAUUAAAUUUUAAUUAAUAGUUACAAUUUAAUUUAAAAUAAAAUAAAAUAACCAUAAGACAGAGUAUAGUGAGAGGAAGUAUGGUCUGUGGUAGAACUUUGUUGUUAUGUAAUAACGCGCGUUACAAAUGAGCAGAAUGUGCACAACUUGAGUACCGAUCACGAAUUAAGGAGCGUAAACUAAGCAGCGUGAGAAGAACAAUCAUUUACUGUACAAUCUUGAAAAGAAUUAUCAGAAUUUAUUAAAAACCCGUUAUUAAUUGAAUCUCUGGAUUGUAGCAACGUGGCUGAAGAUAUUCUUUUCUGUAAUUCAGCCAAAAGUAUUGUAAAAAAAUUGUAAAAAGCACUUUACGCGAAGUGAUGCGUAAAGUUCGUUAUUGAGUUGCGUAUUUGUAUGGAAUAAAUACACUCAAACAGCGGGUAGAAUAUGUAAUGAAGCAAGAACCCUUAUUUAUACAUGCCAUCUCAGCCCAAAGAUCAAAAGACGAACUAACCAAAGAUUUAUUUACAACCGAAGCCAGUUUAUUAUCAAACUAACGAUAAGUAUAAUAAAUAAUGAAUACCUAUUGAAGCGUUCUGAUUUGUUAGGUGUGAUAAUAGUGAUCUACGUUAACAAGCAAUGAACAAGUUUUAAUUAUGAUAAAAGUAUAAUAAAAUCACUAAGAAUGUAACGCUCAACAUCGGCAAUUGACCGAUUCCGAAGCACGAUUAUCGAGCUAUAAACUAUAGACAAACCUG